AUGGCUAGUGGUGAUAAUGCUCAAAGUUGUAAUACAGAAACAGAUGUGGAAAUUAAACGAUUACAAUUACAAUUACUAAUAAGCCAAGAAACAACACAACAAAAACGAUUAGAUGCAACUAUUGAAAAACGAAAAUUAGACCAAAAAAAACAAGAUGCAAUUAUUGAAGAACGAAAAUUAGCUCAAAGACAAAUCGAAAAAGAUAUGAUCACAGGAAAAAUAAAGAUAUUGCAGCUGGAGAAACGAAAAAGAGACGGUGAUGAAUACAACGAAAGAAUAAAGAUGAUGAAAAGAUUAGAUGAAGAAUUUAUAUCAAUAUCCAGUAGUGACUUGACUUCAGCAACACAUAAUAAUGGUUAUUAUGAUAUAUAUGUAAAGAAAAAUUUAUAUCGGCUGGAAAUUGAAACUUUAUUAAAUGAUAAUACAAAUGUUAACGAUGAUAUGAUAAAUAUUUUUGAAAAGCAUUUUGUUUUCAAAUCACUUCGUGAUAUCACAGAAAAAGAUUUUCAAUCUACAUUCGUUGCAUCAAUAAAUGAAUUAUUUGCUCAAUUUAAUGUAUAUACAUCAUUGAAAUAUUUAAGCACAGAUCGGAUGUAUUAUUUAAACAAGUAUACUCCCGAUUGUACUUUUAUAUACAAAAAUAUUAAUAUUAACAUGGAUGAUGAAUAUCAGGCUUUACAAGAUUUUACUGUUUGUAUUGGUGAAUUAAAGGUAACAAAAAACGGUUCUAUUGAAAAUCUACAAAAUAUUGGACAGUUGGCGCGUUAUUUGGAUACGACAUUAAAAAUACAAAAUCGUGAUAAAAUCUAUGGAUUUUUAACAAAUCUUCAAUAUAUAACAUUUUAUUGUGUUGAAAAGACAGAAAAUCCAUGUUUUAAUAAAUAUUAUCAAAGUAAUAAUUAUGAAAUGUUUUAUAUGCCGCGUAAAGCAUCAUCAUCAUCUAUUGAUGGAUUACAACCAAAUCAAGAAUCGAAAAAAAUAUGUUUAAAUAAAGAUACAAUCAAACUAUUACUUAAAUUUUUAACAAUGAAUAAAAGCUUUUAUGAAUACACAACAUUAGGAAAUGGUAUAACUUCAAUGGCUUAUUUGAUAGUUCAAAAUGAUUUUAAUCAAUCACCUACUAAUUCAAAAAGCUAUGUAAUAAAAAUUUCUAAAAAUGAUAUAUAUGAUGUAUAUUUUAUAAAUGAAGUUGAUAUAUUAAAACAAUUAAAACAAUCAGACAAGUCAAAUAAUUUUAAUAUAUUUUUUGAAAAUGUUUUUAACUCAUCACCUACAGGUAAAUUUAUAAUAUUUGAAAAUUUUUUACAACCUUUGAAAUCAUUAUCAUUAAAUCAAUCAAAACAACUUAUUAAUAUUAUUCACGACUUAUAUAAUUGCAAUAUCAUUCAUCGUGAUAUACGUCCACAAAACUUGAUGUUAGAAAAAAAGAGUGAAUAUUUAAAAUUAAUUGAUUUUGGUUUCGCUGUAAUUUUUGAAAAUGAUCAAAAAACGAAAGUACUACCUAUUCAAGGUGGAAUUUCAUAUGGAGGUCUAAAAUUUCUGAAAUUUUGUUCAAAAUUUGUAUUCAAUUCAGCAAUCGGUUCUUGUUAUGAAUAUGAACAAACUUUUGAUCUACCAUGUGCAAUAAAUUUUAUAAUGUUUAUGACAAAUAAUGAUGUUAAAGAGAAACUUACAUCAUUCAAAAAGUUAUCUCUUCAAGAUAGGAUAAAGUUAUCAUAUAGAUAUUGGCGUGAUCAAAAAGUGAAAAACAAGAAUUAUGCUGAUUUAUUAAAUUUAAUUGAUAAUUCACAAGGAUCACCAAAUUUUGACUUGAUCAUAGUUGAAGUAGAAAAAUAUUUUAAUUCAUUACAUUCAAUACAAUCUUCAUGA